AUGUCUCAACAACGGUUACAAAAGUAUGAGCUUGUUCCUCCAAAAAAUUUGGCUCCUUUUCACAGGUUUAGUACCGAACUGGGAUACCCCGAUUUUUAUCCUCCGAAACCUGGUCAAGAUGAAGACCAGAUGACAGAAGAAAAUGUAAAGAGAGGAUUUGUCGAUGUUCCUUUCGUUAAGAAUGAAUUUUUUCCGGCUCACGACAUUUUAUCUGAGCAAUUAAGAGAUCCAAAUAUUUUAAAAAAUCUUGGGGAUUUCAUGACUGACGUAAUGAGACGUAAGAAUGAAACAAAUACUUUCCAAGGAUCUUCGCAAUUUAUAGUUCCUACAAUUGUGUGGGUACCUAGUGAGGAGCGGGAUAAAUGGUUGAAUGAUCUUGCUGGGAAUGUACCAUUGAAAAUACUUGCAAAGAACGUUCCUAAAGGUAUUGACGGUAUAAAUUUACUUGACCUUGUCACACAAAAUCGUGUACCACUGGCUCGUGCAACAUGGUUUACUAAAAUUGUUGGCAUAAAUCAUAGAUUACAGAAUCAUCACAGAAGUGCCGCCACAGAAUAUACAAAGAAUUGGACACUUACAUUCAAUACUUUCAUACGGAAACAAAGCUCAAAUUAUGAUCCUGCGAAAUGGAAAUAUUGGCAUGUAUUAAAAGCACAGAAUAGAUCACAAUUCAUUAUUUUGCUUGCUAAAUGGCAAUUUGAUGAACAAUUACUCGACCAGCGGCUUUUAAGAUGGACAUUGGAAAACUUGAUACAAGCUGAUCAUUGGCAGACUGCAAUGUGGCUUUGGUUAGUUCAGCAAUUCUUAUCUGAAUUUCAAAGAUCGCGAACUUUAAUGCGUUUAUUAAUUGAAACUAUAAUAAAGAAAUUACAAGAUAUGAAUCAAAAUCAAGCUGUAUCAAAUAAACUUGGCUUAGUUAUAAAGAAGAUGAAAAAUAUGUUACUUGCUUUAUUUCUAACUACACCCGAUAUGUUUGUAUUUCCAGUAUGUUGGAAUACUUACAAAGAAUUGCUGCGGUGUGUCCUACUUGAAGACAGUUCAACCGAUACUCCUAUAUCAAAGGAUUUAAAACGACAAAGGGAGCGCUAUUACGAGAUGGUCCGUUCAAGGAAUGAGAUGUUUGAUGAAAAAAAGUUGAAUCCACUUGGAAUGGGGAAUCUUCAAGAAGCGUUGCUUUAUAGAAUGAUCAGUAUUUUAGAUAAAGUAAAUUGUCUUAACGACUAUCAUAGUAUUACGAAAAAAUAUUUUCGUAUGAAUGGUAAUUUCCUAAUGGAAAGAGAAAUUUCGACACUUAUUUAUACAUUGUGUUAUUGGGCUAUAACAUCUUUUCGGGAAGGAGAUUUUCGAGUAUAUUCUGCAAGCACAAUACUAGAUAUAUGGAAAAAUGAAGUUUCUGCUGAAGAAAAGUUGGAGCAGCGACAAAGUACCAUUCAAUCUUCCUUAGUUGAAUUUUUGGAUGUAUACCCAUUGGGAAAAAAUGAAUUAAAAGAGGAAGAAGAGUUAGAGAUGUUAUCUAGACUCUUUGGAGAACUUACAAGGAACGGACAUUUUUCGUAUCAAAGGUAUUUGCAACGUUUAAUUGCAAGAGGUGAUGUCAGGCAUGAGAAACGCAAUACAGAGAGAUCUCUCCGUCAUUUAAGAUAUGUGAAAUGGUUCGCAAUAUAUGAACCUGAACUUCAUGAUUUAAAUCAACGAUGGCAUAUUUUGUAUGGUGUUAAUAUCAAGGAUACAACGGAUGAAAGGGAAUUUGAUACUUUCGUUAAUAUAAUAUCUAAGAAGUUGCCUAAUAUGUUGUCACCAAAAGCUAAUGAUUUUGAUGCUCCGAUGGUUGAUGAUCCUAUAUCAGAUUUUACAUAUUCACUUAAUUUUGAUAAUAAAUCCCUUGAUUUUAUCAAGCAUACGACAAAAUUUUGCCAACUUCGUGUGAUACAAGAAUUUUUGACUCCAUCAGUAAAACAAUUUGUGCAAAAUGCUCCCAUUGAUGUUCAUAACUGGAGGAAUCCGACACAGCCCGGAUCUUCUUUAUUAAAUGCACGUCAAUUGGCUACAAUAAUUCAAGUCAUUGAAUUAACAAAAGAUUAUAGCUCUUUACUUGAGCUCAUAAUAUGGGUUCUUGAAAAUUCUAUGGAACGAAGUAUUUUCCCAUUGAUUGUUGAUACAAUCAAGAGACAUGAAAGAAUUUGGGAGGCUAUGAAUAAAUCCGAUGUUGUUUUCGAUGUACUAAUGAAGAAAAAUGAUCAAUUGCGAGAAAAACGUAAAACCGAAAUUUGCAUUGUUAAAUAUUUAUUAAAUAUAGUUCAUGACGACAAAAAAUUAAAGUCUGAAAUGGAAGAAUAUCCGAAUAUGUCACAGUUAUCUGAAGCUAUUCGUCGUCAUAAAAAUCGGCUAGGUUCAGAUAUUGAUCAUUUAUUGAAUCAAACCGAUGGAUUUAAAAUAUCGAAUGUUGAUGAACGGUUGUUUGAUUCAGAAACUGUUGAUGGAUAUCUGUAUCAUAUACUUAUGGCUUGUACGGACGUUAUCCAUUUGCAUGCACGGAAUUAUGCUGAUUUGGUAGAUGCCCGAAAACUCUUAGACAUUUUUGGAGAUUUGUUAAGAGAUGUCGGAGAUAGGGCAACAAAUGGAUUUGACACUGUAUUCAAAAAUUGGUUAAAUAUUAAUAUUAGGGCAGAUGAUGACGAUAGCCUUUUAAGACAACAUAGCACUUAUAGGUUAUUGAUAUUUUUCAUAAUCCUUGUUGUUCGUCAUCUUGUUAAAAUGGAAACUGUGCUUGAGUAUCUAGUUGAAAAAAAUCUAUCUAGACUUUCAGAUAAAUUAUUGAGCCAAAAGAAAUUAGAUCCAGAUGGAAUUGUUGAAUGUCAAAAUUUGGUAAUUUUAUUGAGGCUAUUGUUGAUGCAUCAUGAACAUAGGGAUUUAAUUCCUUUAACAAUAAUGGAAAUUCAAACACUUCAAUCAAUUUGCGAGUCAUUUAUUCACAAUAAAGAAUUUAUAAUUAUCAUUUCAAGCAUCUUCCACAAGCUUGCUAUUAUUGAAAAUUCAAUAGAACCUGACAAUGAUCUUGUAAUUGAAUUACGCAACAUUAGAAUAGAUUUUGCUCAGGUUUAUUGGUUUAGACAAUUAUGUAUAGCUAAUGUUGAUAACGUAUAUAAUAAUUUUGUCAAAGGUAAUAAGAGAUUGAUUAAUAAUAAAGAAAUUGAAAGACGAAUGAUCGAUAUCAUACAAUCAGGUCUUGGUAAUCCUAAUGACGGUAUAAAUGGUCAUUCAAUUUCAUUCUGUUUUGCAAAUUUACACAAGAUCUUUUCCACGGUAAAUUUAUGGAAUAUUCAAAAGAGUCGUGUCGAAUUUUAUAUGUGCAUGGACAAAAUAUUAUUAUUAUCAGAUGCUUUUAGAAGUGGCUCUAUACUUUCUCCAAUUCUUCCUUAUAACAUAAAGGAAUCGGAUGAUGAUUCAAUUAUGGAAGGAUCUGAAGAAGAGAUGGAUAAAAUGAAAAGAGUAAUUGAAUACUUUUGGCAAAAAUUAGUGUUGCAAGGAAAUAAAGAUUGUCUUGUAAUAAGUCAUAUAAUACAAGGUAUCCGGGAGGAUAUAGCUUCAGAGCUUAUGGAACGCGGACUUGUAGUAUUAGAAAGAUGUGAUGAGUUGAUUGCAGGCAUUGAGGAAGUGUUUCGAGCUUUAUUACUUUCAAUAGGGGACAAUAAAAAGCUAGAAUUCAGUAAGGCGUUAUUAUCUCAAGUACAAAGAAUAAACGAUGAAAAUAAAAGUGAUACUUACGUGUCCUGUGUUAUGGCACGUAUAAAACUGUUCGUUUUGGUGGCAAAUGUAUUAGCUGCCCGUGUUACAGCAGUUGUCACGUCCAAUAAACCAGACUUGGCAAAAUUACAUCCUGAAUAUGACCUUAUAAUGAAAUGGGUGAUUUUAUUAAUCAAUUUACUUUGUGACGAGCGAAUUCAUCAAAAUGGUGGUGGGGCUAACAAUUUUGACUUAGUCCUUGAUAUAGUGUCUUUUUUAUUAGACGAAAUGGGAAAAAAUGCUAGGGCAAUCAUAGUUGCAGAAUUAAAAAGGUACCAGUUUAACGUACCAGCAAUAUGGAGUAAUAGGAUAAAACGUGUUCUUCCCCUAAAAAUCCCUCAGGAAACGUUAGGUGAAAGAAAGCAUCAACUUGAUGCUUGGCAGUUAAUUGAGGGGAUUGGAGAAAAUGAUGAUUUAAAUAAUUCUUCUAUUGAUUUAUCUUGGUAUGAUGCUAAAGUUUAUCCAAGGCCCAGUAAACGAUUAAAGAGGAUUGAUGAAUAUGAAGAUUAUAAUAUUGAUUUAAAUAAGAAAUAUGAAGAAGAGGAUAGGAUAUUUGUAGAUUAUAAUAUUUUAAAUAUGGAAAAUAUACAAAAUUAUUUAAUAACUUAUUUAUUAUAG